GAGACAAAAUGUACCUUGAGCGAAUCUGAACGUCGGCGCUUAAAGCGCAUGAUGUCAUAUUCUUACCCUCCUCACCGAGAAAGGAGAUUGAUGAAGAGAAAAGGGGGAAAAUGUGGCAGAAGAUGGGUAUGAAAUAACACUCCUCUUCACUGAGGAAGGAGCAAUUGAAAUGGAGAAGGAGAGGGAAGAAUGGUGCGGAAAAUGCAAAUGUGCGAUGUUGGUGCACGUACCAAAGAACUCCUCUGCGCAUCCACCCAACACCUCCUCGCGUCCGACUCAUCCUCAUCCUCCCCCUCAUCCCAAACCCCUUGAGUCUGGGGUCAAAUGGGAAAUAUGGCAUAACUGGGGGUGGAGAGCAUAACAGCAUCAGCGGGCGGGGGCAGUGGAUCGAAGUGAUUGUAGAAGUUUGUGGGCUGGGUAGUAGGAGCGAACAGCCGCAUGCACAGACACCUGGGGUGGCUGGCCCAAAGGGCACAUGCAAUGGUUUGUGAGCACAAGCUAAAGGUGUACAUAGACUUUAGAGACACGUUAGAGACAAGCGAGAGAUACGUCGACGUCACCGGUGUC